GACGAUUUGUGUAUAUCGAACGAGCCGCUCGCUGUUAUGAUCUAAUGGUCCCGUGCGAGGAAUCAGUCGUAACGUGUUACUUGCAUCGGUAACUUCGAUUCCGAAAAUUCCAUCGAUAAGUUAAAAUAAAACCGAUUGGAGACAAGUGGAAAAAAGAGUGAACAUUUCUUCGUGACGAUCGCUUAUCACGACCAAAUCGUGCGUUUAAUUAGUACGAUCGAAUUUGUUCCUGUUUCUUUUCCUCUCCAAAUUUGCGAAGCAAUCAACGGAAAUUCUUCCACAAAAAAAAACCAACCCAACCCACAUGAAUACACUCUUUGCGGCCGUAUUCCGUCAAAUAAAUUCUAUUCGGAAUGUGCAAAAUAAAUGUGAGUAUUUCGUGCAAAAGUCAAUGAAUGAAGCAGUUUCCACCUGACGAUUUGGAACUGUUUUGGAUUUUUUGUUUGAAAACAAUACUGAACCACGUGAAUCAAGUGUUAGAUCGCUGAAUGUGAAUGAAAACAAAUUACUGUGGCAAUUAGUGGAAUUGGAUUGAGAAAAAUAGUCGAGCAGCUAGUGUGUGUGUGUAUUUGGAGUGUACGGUGCAUUGAAUCAAGCAAGACGCAUUAAUUGCUCUGUGAAACGAACCAGAUUGUCAAUCAGCCAGCAGGCGUGGUGCAAUCGAAGCAGUUAGACCACAAUUUAAUCCAUUGCACCUCAUGCCAUUUGAUCACAUUUUAUGUGUGUGAGUUUUUUUCUCUUCGUUGCUUUCAAUUCAUCGAAAUUCGCGUGACUUAAGUGUGAUAGAAAGAAAAAAACGAAUACCGAGAAAAAAAGGUUUUCGUUUGGGAUUAAAACGUUCCACCCACAUAAUAAUUGGUUUAUCGUGGAAUGUGCCAGUGAAAUGGAAAGAAAAAAUCCAGUUGCAGAAGGUCCCAACGUCUCGCUGCACACAGAAGAUUAAUACCGAAAUUAUAAUCAACCUGUGACUGAAUUUAUUUCGCUGUGAAGUGAUUAAUGUGUUGGCUUUUGCCGUAAUUUUUUCCGCUUUACUUGUGGCCGAAGAAAAAACAGCAGCAGCAGCAGCAAAACGAAGUGGAAAAUAUCUUGAGCGUAUUUUUACGACUUAAUCAGUGAAUUUUUGUGUUUGCUUUACACUUUCGGGUGUGUGUGUGUGUAUAUAUAUGUGUGGAUUACUGUCAACUUUUGGGCUGAUACAAACAGGUCAUUUUCUGUUGAUCGCACGUGAGGAAGGUCAUGGUACUUUAGGUAAAAUAAAGUAUCACUCUAUAGACUAAAUUACUGUCAUUGGCAAAUUCUUGGCAUUGUCACUGUCACCGCCACCGUCCAGUAACGGCUGUGAGAUUUUUAUCAACAAACAACAAACACAUCAACGACGACGAAACGAAAAAUAACAAAAACAUGAUCGAAGUGCCAUCACCAGCUGAUAAAAAUUGCAAUGUGUUGGCCGUGCAGGCAUACACUGGACUACAUUUGGAAGCACCAACACGGGAUGUGAUUGAAAUCGAUGGCGAUGCCGAACCAGUUACCAAGGAAGAAGAAGUAGUGACGAAGAAGAAGACCGAACUAACAACGACGAGGCAGAUUGAGACGCGAGUAAAACGGCAAAUAGUAUUAGAAGAUGGGAAAGUGGUCGAAGACUCGGGACCAAUCGUUGAAACGAAUACCACCGAAGACACAAACAAGCAAGAAAGUGAAUCGGUUGAGCGUUUAAAACCAGGUGAAGAUGAUGUGGAUGGGCCGAAAGCAAUUGAGCACUUUCCAUCGGAUAAGGAUAAAACGAUAGUCGAGUAUGUUGACGAGUACGGUAUUGAUAAAAGUGCGCCCACGGUGUUGGCUCCACGCGCUGAUGGUCUUGUGCGUGAAAUGAAAACCAAAAAAGUCAUUUCGCGUGAAGAGAUCCAAGAACGUACCGAAACUGAAGAUGUUAAGCAUCUGGGAGACUUCUCAGACAAGGCAUACGUCUACGCAAUUAACAGCGGCGUUGAGAACAUUCAGGAAGCUUUACUGUCGCCGGAAGCACAAAAACAGCUAAUCCCAACGGGGCCCCGGCUCGUUCAUCAUUCGACCAAGGCACGAAAAACCAUCGAUACCGAAGACACUGAUUUAAAAUAUUCCGCACAACCGGAUGGUACGCUCGUAACGGAGAAAAAACAAACAACCGAACACGAAGAAUUCCACGACAACGAAUUGCCUGAAGACGAAGACGAUCAUUCGGUUGGCAAUCGAGAGCGCAUCGAACAAACGGAAUCAUCGCAAAGAUUCUCAAAGCGUCGUGAUGAACAAGAAGUAGAGUAUGUGGCUGAUGGUAAAACAAUCGGAAAAGAAAUGAGAUACCUAGCUGAAACUGAAGAUGUCGAACGAGACGGUCCACAAGAGACGGCAUCCGAUUGGGAUAGCUUAUCGGAUCGUGUGCGUAAAGCGCGUCGACAACAGAAAACAUUGUUGCAACAACAUCGAGAAGCGUUUUUGGAGCGUGAGCGCAAGGAGCGUGCAAUUGAUUUCGAGAAGGAAGAAGAGACUCGCAAGGAUGAGACCAUCAAGUGGCUGGAGAGUCAUUUCGGUAGUGAAGGACGAUCGCCCGAUUCAACUGAAGAAGAAACUGAGAAAAAGGAAUCAUUUUUCAAUGUCACCAUCAAAUCGAAUCACCCAUCACCCGUAUCGGCCGAGGAGCCACUGCCCACUUUAAGCAAUGGUGUCUAUCACUCAAACAUCAAGCCGAAAGAAGCACCAAAACCGCAAAAGUACUUUCAAGGCAUAACUGGGUGGUCGGAGCGCAAAGAAACAACACCACGCAAAUUCUCCACGAAAACAUUCCAAGAUGAACUGAAAGGCACACUCGAACGUAAUCGUUUACGUCAUGUAUCCUCACGUGAAGAUUCAGUUUCACCACGGUAUAAAGAAGAAAUUGUGAAAUCGGACGAUGAUACACGCCAAAAGAAUAUCAAAACGGACAUUCAAUAUGGUUCUCGCGGCGAUCUUAAGACACAAAAAGAAGACUUGGGCUACAUGAGCGGCUCACGUACUGACAUCCGACCACGGCACGAUUCGAAAGAAGAUCUCUAUGCCAAAUCGAAGAAACAACAGACCAGCUAUUUGCAUCGCGAAGAUUCCGGUUAUGUCAAAGGUUCAACCGAAGACGUGCGUUACAUCCGAAAUGCGCCGGUGCGCGAGGACUCGUUCAUCCGGGACAGUCGGGACAGUGGUGAAGAGGAAAAACUCUACAAAGAUCCGAACAAAUACAACACAUCGGCCAUUCAACGUGAUGAUUCAGCGUACGUAUCAUCAUCGACCUACUUCACGGAGCCUCGAUCACCAAAAACGGUGCCAUUAUGCACACCAGACAGUGGCAUUCGAAUGCCAUCACCGGAAACCUAUGAUGCCGACCUAGUUCGACCGACAGUGCCACAGCGAAAGCGCGAAAAGAAAAUGCGAAUCAUUGAAACAUCACGAGAAUUUGAGCCAACCCAUCGAGAACCAGCACCUGAUUACUCGCCACCAAAUCGUAGCCGAUCAAUUUCACCGGUUCCAUCGCCGACAACCGGACGCUAUCGCAGCAAUCCGAAAAAAAUGUAUCAAAAAACGCGAUUCGCUUCGUCAUCGGAACUUUCGCGACCCAUUUCAACGCAAACAAUCGAAACGCAAACAACACCAAUCAAAAAGAAUACGGUGGGUGCCACAAUCAGCAAUUCAAUACGUAAAUUAGUCGGUAAACUACGGUCGGCCAGUGUGGACCGAAAACAGAAAUCGAAAGCGAAACGCUCAUUGUCACCACAAAAUAGCAAACAAUCGACAAAGCAGACAACGCACCACCAACAACAGCAACCAUUCGGUCGUGUGAAUGGCGGCGGUUCAACGUAUCAGCAGUAUAAUGUGAUCGACAAUCACAUUGGGCAACAACCGUCGUUGUCGACAGCGCCACCGUCAAGUAAUCGUGAAUCGAGCAUUGUGAGCAGCAGACGUGAUCAACAUCAUCGCAUAAUCGAUCGUAGCAGAGACUUAUCGGACAAUAAUACAAUGGCAACGGCAUCGGCAGCAGUGGACAAACCCAAAUACUAUUUGGGCGAAGAUCCGUAUCUAAGUAUUUACGGCAAAGAGAACAAAUACGAUGGCACACAACGGGCACAGCGAUAUCAAUCAAGACGCCAACGUUCAGAAGAUGUCGAUGUCUACAGUCCGAACAGACACCAGUCGUCGAAUACGUUGGGUCGGCUCAGUAAGAGCACCAAUCGAUUGCAGACAUCUCCAUCACAUUUGGACUAUGAUUAUCGCAGUGCACAGACGUUGCCACGUAAAUUGGAACACAAGCCGAUGCAUUCGUCGGCAAUUAACAUUGCCAUUGUGAAUAAUGUACGACCAUCGACGGCACAGUCAUCGUCACAAGGACCAGCAAAACCGGCUCGCACAUACAAAUCGAUCAACCGAAGCAAGAGUUUCAAUGUGCACGGUUUGAAUGGCACAAAUAAUCCUAGUCCGAUUUACAUGGAAAAAUUGAAACGCAACGUUAGCCAUCACUAUCGAUCGAAUCCGCAUUUGAAUGAGGAAAAAUCAGCAUUGCGCAGUCCGUCCAUCGUGAAUUUGAUCAGCCGUAGCCAACGUGAUUUGAGUAAAAUCGAUGAAAAUGGUUUCGGUAGCAGCAAUCCGAUCAGUGGCAGCACUUAUGAUGUACGACGCAAUGGAUAUCAACGUCAUCAUUCGCCCGUUCAUUACUCAAAGAAUAUUCCGGUCGAUCGACGAGCACAUUCCCUUUUGCGCACCACAUCCGAUAAUUAUCGCACCGAAAUGGACUCACCACUUCGUAACGGGCAUUAUAAAUACGGCUUAGAACGGAAUUUGCAACGUGAACGCGAAUCCUCGUUGGGCUCCCGGUCACCGCUUACGAUCAACAAAGACACAGCUGCCAUAAUACGUCGCAAUAGCUCGAGCACCGAAGACUAUUCGGAGACAUACAAAACCACAACUCGAUCCGAAGAUCCAUAUCGUCCGAGCGUUACAAACACUGUACAUAAUUUCACGAAAAAAACAAAUCCAGCAAAAAAUGGACGCGGCCCCGAAACGGUCGAAACAUCUGAACGCAAAUCCGUAACAACUAGUCGAUACCGAAACGGCAGCGGUGGUGGUGGUGAUGCAUAUUCAAAUAAUCUGCGGUAUGUGCCCGAUCGUGAGAUGCGAAAGAAUUCGGGUAGUCCUGUAGUCAUUGAAGUGCGCAGAAAAUAAAAAGCGCAGACAAUGAAAAAAAAAGAGAAUCGUUUUUCGUUGAAAAUAUGCAAUUUGGAACACAAAGUGAAUGAAAUUCAUGUGACAAAAAAAAAAACAACAAUUUUAUUUCGUUUUUCUAAUAAAAACUUUAAUUUAAAAGACAAAAAACUACAAAAUUCCUCACACAUACAAACACACGCGUCUAAUACUUCGGGAAUCGGCUUUGAGUUCAUUUGGUGCAAUUCCAAAUAAAUGUUCAAAAGUCAUUUCCUACUUCUUCUUUAUCAACUUCUUCUUGUUUCGUCCACACAAUGUUUCAAUUGUGUGUUCGUCUCUAUUUUUUUGUACGUUUAAUUUUAAAUGAAUUUUCAUACACUAAUUUUAACAUAAUUCUUUGUUUGUUUGAUCUUGUUGCAUGUGCGGUGGCGGCGGCACGCCACGGAAAAAUGUGUCUAAUUAGCAAAAAAUGAAAACAAAUCGCAAAAACCCACAAAUGGACAAAACGGAAGUGAACAUACAUCGAUUUUCGUGUAAAGGUGGUUUUUUUUUCUUGUUCGUUCUUAUUUUGGUGUUACAUGUAGCGAGACAACAUUUUGAUUGCGAAUGGAUAUAAAUAUUUUGUUUAGGGAAAUGAGUCAAUCGGUAAAGCAUCCGCAGAGGAUUAUCGGAAUGUUAAAUAGAAGCACAAACAGAAGCAUGAAAUAGCCACAACAAUUAUACAAAGACUUUAAUACGCUUGCUACUACUUCAAUAUUCUCUCUCCAUAAAUGGUGUUCCCAUAAGGAAUGACUUUUAAUUUUUGACAAACAAACAAACAACAAAAAACAAAUAUAAUGGAAACAGAACCAAUCCAGCGUAAUUUGUAAUGUUAUUUAAAGUAAUUCACGCGUUUAUUAUUAUGUAUUAACAAUCGCAUUAAUUGUGCGAACAACACAGACAAAUAAUUCUAAUGCUCCACUGUAAAGUACACAUACACACGACACACAAAUUGUGACACAAUAAAAAAAAUCACUGAAGAAAUCAAUCGCCCAUGUAAAUUGACUCGUCUGUUUAUAUUUUUUUAUAUUUCGGACACAUUUUUUUUCUCCUCUCGUUUUUUAUUGUAUUAAUUUUGACUAAUAAUUAUGGCAGAAAUAUUUCAUGUCUUUUUUUUCUAAAACUGAGUAACAACAAUAUUUUGUAUUGCAAUUAAGUGUAUCGAUAAAUCGUAACAUUAAAAUUCAGUUAUUAAGAGAGAAAAAACACACGCA